UAUUAUAAUUUUUAUUUUAUAGUCGAUAUAUAUUCAAUUAAAAGUGUAUCAUUUUUAUAUAACAAUAUCAAUAUUACCAAUUACAGACAUUACAAUAUUUUUUAUUUCAACUAUGAUAAUAUUCCAAAAGAUACACAGUUUAGAAUGACUCACGUAGGUGUAGAAAAUAAUCAAAAUACUAUAACUAAUAUGGGUAGUAUGGGUCCAGUCUUUUACUCAACAUAUAACGAAAAGAAAAGGUUAUUCCAAAUCGAGUUUUAUAUCGAAGAAAACACCAAUUCUGGGCCUUAUGGUUUUGUAUUAAAUUUUAUCGGAUCCAAUCUUUUCAGCUCUUAUUUAGAUACUCAAUUAAUUAUUAAAAAUACAAAAAUGGAUUUACAAGGCCCAAUUUUUAAAACAAUUACAAAGAUUACUUCACCUAAAAUUGAUGAAAAUAACAUAAGUGGUGUUAUUGGAUGGAUAAUGACCAUUGAAGACCCAAUCAAUGGUUUUAAAUCCGGGUAUGUAACAGUUAGAGGCAGCGAAGAUUCAUCUGUAUUUAACUAUACAUUCACUGUAAAUGAUGUCAAGGCAGGAGGAAAUCAAUAUUCAGGUGAUUAUGAAGUUAAAUUGAUCAUUUCAAACCCAUGCAUUCCUCAAGUUUAUACUAUUACUGAAGUCACAUUGUUUGAUAGACUCGAUAGAAUUUCAUAUUUUUCAAUAUCACCACCAAAUGAAUAUACAUCUCUAAUCAAUCCUUUUCUAUAUUUUUUGAAUGAUUCAAAUAUUAAUAAGAUUUCAGUUGACUGUACACCUAUCUAUUGUACAAAUCCACCCGAUCUUUUUUCUUUUAGUGCUUCAACAAAACAAUUGGAAGUAGGUGGCUUAAACAGAGAGAUUUCAUUUACAUUUACAGCAUACGAUCUUCAAUGUGGUAUUAGAACAGAUCAAUACCCAAUAGUUUAUCUUAUUACAACAAUGAAUCAAGUUUUGGAAUGUAAGUCAAACAUUACCCAGGUUGUAGUGAACCCUCCUGUAAAUGAUGAACCAGUUUAUGGAAACGUUGUAGAUUAUUCGUGUACUAUUCAGGUACCAUUUGGUUUCGGAUACCCAGGCGGUAUUUUUAUCUCAGUAUAUGGUUUCAUUAACAAUGUUGGUUUAUUUAGUGGACUUUCAGCAUAUGAAAUGACACCCAAAGAUUUUGAUUACUAUAUCUCAACUACAUUCAACGAAAAUAAUCCCAAUCUUGUAACUUAUUAUAGAAUAACGGAGAGGGGUGGCGACCUUUGGUUAUUUGGCAGUGGUUUUGGAGCAACCUCAACAGCUUUUAUUACUUUUGAUGAUGGCAGCAAAAGUGUAGUUCAAGCUUCAAUAUCCAAUUCAACUGUUAUUAAACUACUAAAUGUCAAAGCAACCUUUAAACCAUAUAAAUUAUAUAUCAAAACAAAUUCAUUGCAAUCAAAUAUUAUGACCAUCGAACCAACUAUUUUUAAUAUUGUGGAUGUACCUGAUCCAACAGAAACUCCUCCUUUAACAAAUAAACCACAAUAUUGUAUAGGUUCACCAGUAUGCGGAGGUCCAUCAAAUGGUAAAUGUGUUGAAAAUCAAGGAUGUGUAUGUUUUUCACCAUGGAUUGGCAAUGAUUGUUCAUCUCAAAUCAUUAUUAUAGAUCCACCAACUGCAAAUAAAACUGAUCCAACUACAAAUAUUACAUUACCAGGUACAAAUAAUAAUAACUCAACUGUUACAUACAAAUCAUUAAUUACAUUGGUAUCAAUUAGAGAGGUUAAUAUUUUAGGUGAUAUGGUUUAUGAGAAACCAUUUGAAAAAUGGACAGUUAAACAAUUAGACGACACAACUUUUAUUUACAAUACAACUUUAGAAAUCACAAAAAAAGAUAAAAAAUCCACAACAACCAAUGUUAAAGUAACACUAAAAUGGUUUACAAAUGAAACAAAUGUCACAUUCGCAAACGAACAAUUAAUAAUGAAUCCAUCAUCAAUGAAAUAUACUAUUGAAAUUAGCGACUAUUCAUUUGAUGAUUCAUUAAGUCAACUUCAGUUAAUAAUGUCAGCAUUAAUACAAUCAAAUACAACUGAUGACAUUUGUUCAGUAAGAGAGUUUGGAGAAACAACAUCAGGAGAUAAUUCAAACUAUGUAAAGAUUCAAAUUGACAACCAUUCAUUGUACGGUAGAUUCAUUCGAAGAGGUUUUAUAGAUUCAACUAUUAGAUCAGUAACCAAUAUAUUAUUAGACAAAUAUAUGAAACCAAUUAGCGGAACUAAAGAGUUACAAUCAUAUAUUGGUAUUCAAAUUCCAUAUUACAGAGAAUCAAUCAUUUUAGAUCCAGAUUUCUCAGUUCUUAUUGAUUCAAAUUCAGCAUCAUCCAAAUCAGGUUCAAUCUGUUCAAAUAAAUCCAAACUAUCAGGCCCAAAAAUAGCAGGAAUUGUUAUUGGUUGUGUUGCAUUUGUAGCAAUUAUACUAGUAAUAAUUACAUACCACUUUAUAAAGAAAAGAAGUGAAGAAAAGUUUAUUUCAAGUGUAAAUAAAAAAGCUCGAGAGAUGAAAGAAUUAUAA